AUCAAUUUAGAUUUUAGAAAAGACAACAGUAUUAUGAUAGUCAUUUUCUCUCAGUAGAUUGACCAUAGAUAAUUUAUUGACCUGUGGUAAUCACUGUACGUAACCUAACAAUUUUCCAACUAAUAAGAAAGCAUGGUUAGCAAGGUUAAGUGAUUUGGUUAAUUUUGGAUAAAACAGCUUCUUAGAAAACGUUGAACUUAAUUUAUUUAUCUGAAUUAUUUAAAAAAGCAACAUGUCUUCAUACAAUUUUAAGAAAAUUGCCGUUGUGCCAACUUCGAAGGAUUUUAUAGAUAUCAUCUUGUCGAAGACUCAAAGAAAAACACCAACAGUUGUUCACAAACACUAUAAAAUAACAAGAAUUCGAACAUUUUAUAUGCGGAAAGUGAAGUAUUCCCAACAAAGUUUUCAUGAUAGGCUUACUCAAAUAUUAACAGAAUUUCCUAAAUUAGAUGAUAUUCACCCUUUUUAUGCAGAUUUGAUGAAUGUGCUUUAUGACAAAGAUCAUUACAAGCUUGCUUUAGGUCAGCUCAAUACAGCUAGACAUUUGAUAGAUAAUGUUGCAAAGGAUUAUGUGAGACUUUUGAAAUUUGGAGAUUCUCUCUACAGAUGCAAGCAACUUAAAAGAGCUGCUUUAGGUCGUAUGGCUACUAUCAUGAAAAGACAGGCAUCUAAUUUAACUUAUUUAGAACAAGUAAGACAACAUUUGGCUCGCUUGCCAUCAAUUGAUCCAUACACUCGUACAAUAAUUAUUUGUGGUUUUCCAAAUGUUGGUAAAUCUUCAUUUAUAAAUAAAAUUACAAGAGCAGAUGUAGAGGUCCAACCAUAUGCCUUUACAACUAAAUCACUGUAUGUUGGUCAUACAGAUUAUAAAUAUCUGAGAUGGCAAGUUAUUGAUACUCCAGGAAUACUUGACCAUCCUCUGGAAGAACGUAAUGUUAUUGAAAUGCAAGCAGUUACUGCACUUGCUCAUCUUAGAGCAUGCGUCUUAUAUUUCUUUGAUAUAUCUGAACAAUGUGGAUACAUGCUAGAUGAUCAGGUUAAAUUAUUUGAAUCAAUUAAACCUUUGUUUGCCAACAAACCUCUUGUAGUAGUUGCAAAUAAGAUUGACAUUGUUAAAUUAGAUGACUUAGCUCCACAGCGAAGAGCAUUACUAAAAGAAAUUGAAGAAAAUCCUGAAAUACCCCUUUUGGAAAUGUCCACUGUUACUGAACAGGGAGUGAUGGAAGUAAAAAUUGAAGCUUGUGAAAAACUUCUGAGUUUCAGAGUUGACCAAAAAAUGAGAACUAAAAAGGUAGAUAAUGUGCUUAAUAGAUUACAUGUUGCAAUUCCAAAACCACGAGAUGAUAAACCAAGACCACCUGUUAUUCCAGAGAAUGUUCUGUUGAAGAAACAGUUGAAAGGUGAUAAACCAAAAAGAAAACUUGAACGUGAUAUCGAAGUUGAACUUGGAGAUGAUUAUUAUCUUGACUUGAAAAAACACUAUGUUGAUAUUCCAGAAGAAGAAAGAUAUGAUAUAAUUCCUGAAUUCUGGGAAGGUCACAAUAUUGCUGACUAUAUUGAUCCUGAUAUUUUUGAAAAGUUGGGACAACUUGAAAAAGAGGAAGAAAUUCGCGAAGAUACUGGGAUGUACGCGGUUCCAAAGAUCGAAUUGGAUGAUACUUUACGAGAAAUUAAACAGCUUGCAUUGCAAAUUCGCCACAAAAAAGCCAUAAUGAAAGAUGAAGCAAGAGUAAACAAACAAUGCAAAAAACCGGUUAUGCCUCGAACAACAACAGCGAGGGUAAGGGACCGUUCAGUUUCUAAACUACGAAAAGACAUGGAAGGGUUGGGUGUAGAUAUGAGUGGUACAGAAAAUGCUCACUUCACUAAAACAAAAGGGAGAAGUCGUUCUUUGGGGCCACCUGCAAAGCGUAUGCGUGUGGACAGCAGCCAGUCCCGUCCUAGGAGUUCAUCUAGAGUUACCCCUCGAAAUGAACAGGGCGUUAAGGAUGUUAUUAUGAAAAAGAAACUAUCGAAAAUUGCUCACAAGGCAAUAGCAAAGAAAGUUAAAAAGAAGGGAUUAAAAGGCGAAGCAGAUCGAUUCAUUGGAACAAAAAUGCCGAAACAUCUGUUCUCUGGCAAACGUGGCGUUGGUAAAACUGAUUAUCGUUAAAAUUGUAUUUGAAAAUGUUGCGUAUUAUAUUGUUAAUUAAAUGCGCUACUAAAAUCUAAACAAUCUCCAGUGUUAAAACA